UCGUCGGUUGGUGUUAAGAGGACGAGUGGGAUGGAGAUGCUGAGGGCGACGUACGGCUCGGACUCGGAAGAGGACGACGCAGACGACUCGGCCGCUGCUCCUCCCAUCGUCGGCAGCAGGAGUAGUAGUGGUAGUAGUAGGAGCAAGGCAGAUUCCGUCAAUGGUCGUUCGAAUCUUGAACAACUGGACCCCUUGCCGCCGCCGCCUCUCGAUCUCCUCCAAUCCCCCAUUGUUCUAGAUUUCUCAUCAACUACUCAAGGUAGCCGCAUCAGAAGCUUCCCACAUGUCGAAGGAAAUUAUGCUCUUCACGUUUACGUACCAGUUGUUAUACCAACUACAAUGAAGAUGCCAGUAGCACUUUUUGUAAAAAGAAUUGCAUCUCUGGUGCCUGGUCUUUAUGCUGUUGAUAUUGAUUACCCUCUUGCCGAGUUAUGCAGAGAUGAUCUGAAGCUAGAACAGAUGCUCCUAGGAAGAGAAUUCCAUGUUAGUUUGGGAAGAACUGUUCCUAUUAAAGUGCAUCAAAUUGAUUCCAUCGUGGCAAUGCUUCGUCAGAAGUUCCAAUCUCAGAGAAGGUACAGGGUAGAGUUCAACAAGUGGGAUGUUUUUGUCAAUGAUGAGCAAACUCGCUCUUUUCUUGCACUUGAAGUUCUUGGUGGUGGUCUAUCAGAGAUAACUAAGCAGAUUCAUAUUGUUGACGUGAUAUAUAGAUUGCAUGGUCUCCCUGAGUUUUAUAAGAAUCCACGGCCCCACAUAUCAUUGUUAUGGGGAUUAGGAGAUAUGAGCGACGGGUUAAAGCAGGGUAUUGAAGAAAUUGAUAGAUCCUACAAAAAUGCAAGCCUGUCAUGUGGUGGUCACAUCUUUACUUGCAAGACCAGUGGCAUCGAAUGUAAAAUAGGUAAAAAGACAUAUAGCAUAUGUAAGUUUCUUGAUUGAAAGCAAUUUUUGUUGACAAGGCUUUCACAGUUAAUAUGGUAUAUUGUAAACAUGAUCAUUUAUCA